CUGUACCCCAGUUCUGUAUGUACAAAUAAAUAAAUCUUUAAAAAAAAAUGUGAGAGGACAUCAGUCUGGAAAGAUGGAUGAGUAUCACCAAGAGCAGCAAUAUGAAUCUAACUUUUCUUCUAGUGAUCAGUGUUCACUUGUAAUUUAACACCUGACCUUGGUGUUUUGAUUUGGGAUUUCACAGCCUAAGGGGCUGACGACCUGGGGCGAAGCCCCAGUGCAGAGCAGCUGGAGGGCCCCCAGCCCCAGACGCUCCCUCCGCAGGGCUUUGGUGUUGGCAGGCCUCUCAGCCCCCAAGUGUGUGUCUGCUCCUGAUUUUCUUAACCCUUACUUUCCCUCUCAUCUCUGUUUUGUUCCCCUUUUCUCCAUGAAUUUUAGGAACCACUUGAGCCGAACGUACUAUAACUCCAUUCAGCGAGAAACUUGAUGCGAACUACUACUACCUUCCCGUUCACAUGGAAACUCGGUGUAGUCAAGCUGAUUUGUGUGAGCUGAUUUACUCAGGCUGAUCAGAAGUGGUCCCUUCAUUGAAACUGCAGGUCAUUCCUAUUUUCUUCCCUGUGGUAUCUGCGCAGCAUUUGCAGUGGAGCAUUCCUUUGCUGAUUCGUGGCUUCAUUAGCCAGAAUGGCUGGCAUGGGCAGGAAUACUUCCAGUGCCAGCUAACAGAAAAGAUUUUUCUACUGUUCAAUUUUUUUUUUCUCUGAAUUACUUUUUAGAUUUUGGGAUUCCAGAAGACGAUCUCAAGGGGGACUCAGGAAGAAUUGUUUCAUUUUUUUGAAUUUUAUACUUAAAAUGGCCACAACGUUGGCCCUUCAGACUCCAGAGGUGAAAGUAGAAGAGCACGAGGGGGAUCGAGCCUCUGGGCAAGCAUCUGGCCUCCUAGGAGGCGAUAACCUGCAUUCCGGAGAGAUCUUCCGUCGGCGCUUCAGGCAGCUCUGCUACCAGGAGACACCUGGGCCUAGGGAGGCGCUGGGCCGGCUCCGGGAGCUGUGUCGCCUGUGGCUGCGGCCCGAGACCCACACCAAGGAGCAGAUCCUGGAGCUGCUGGUGCUGGAGCAGUUCCUGACCAUCCUGCCCGGGGAGCUGCAGGCCUGGCUGAGAGACCGUCGCCCUGUGAAUGCAGAAGAGGCAGUGACUGUCCUGGAGGAUCUGGAGCGAGAGCUGGACGAACCAGGAACAAAGGAGGGAAUGUGGGAGAACAGAGACUCGUACCUGCAGAAACAGGUCCCAGCCCAUGCUCAUGAAGGGGGAGAGCCUGUGCAAGAGAAAGCAGCUCUUGGAGAAGCCCGGGAGUUGUCUGGUGGCGACCAGCAAGCCUUGCGAGAGCAGCGUCUGAGUACCGUGGAAGAGGUGUGCCCAGCUCGCGAGACUGGUGAAGCAGCUGGGGCCUGGAGCGUGGAGUUAGCACCAACGAAGGCACUUUCUAAAGAAAUGAAAUCUCUCGUAGAAGUACCCCGAACACUGAAUGGUGAUAUUCAGACGCCUGAAUGUCGAGACACCCCUGACCACGAGGGCAGGCUGGAAAGGCAGCGGGGAAGCUCUUCAGCAGAGAGGCCCUAUGUCUGUGGUGAGUGUGGGAAAAGCUUCACUCAGAACUCCAUUCUCAUUGAGCACCAGAGAAGGCACACAGGCGAGAAGCCCUAUGAGUGUGAGGAGUGCGGACGGGCCUUCAGCCAGAGGUCAGGCCUGUUCCAGCAUCAGAGACUCCACACCGGGGAGAAGCGCUACCAGUGCAGUGUUUGUGGCAAAGCUUUCAGCCAGAACGCUGGGCUGUUCCACCACCUCCGGACCCACACUGGGGAAAAACCUCACCACUGUGAUCAGUGCAGUAAGAGCUUUAGCCGACGUUCUGUUCUCAUUAAGCAUCAGAGAAUUCACACUGGAGAAAGACCUUACGAAUGUGAGGAAUGCGGCAAGAACUUCAUUUACCACUGCAACCUCAUCCAGCAUCGGAAAAUCCACCCUGUGGCUGACUCCAGCUAUUACGUCUACAGCGCUUCUCAGUUCCAGGGAGGUCGGAUUUAUCUGCCGCUGGCUGCCGUUCCCAAGCCAACAUUUUUAUUUUUCCUAUACUUUGCUUUCUUCCCCUCCACUGCUUCAUUAUAUCCACUAAUACAUAAUGUUUGCCAUCAGGUGUAUCUUCCUAAGAAAACUAAAUCCGGGAAUCUUAAAUCAGUUACCCUUUCACACCAAGCUGGAGUGAGCCUUUUAGUUCAUCUGAGCAUGGCUGCCACAGAGGAGCCAGAUGGCCUUAAAAUUGUGAAAGUGGAGGAUGACACCAUCUGGGACCAAGAAACCUACCUUCAAGAGAACAGCCUUUCUGGGCAGGAGACUUCCCGCCAACUUUUUAGGCACUUUUGUUACCAAGAGACUCCUGGUCCCCGAGAAGCCCUGAGCCGGCUCCGGGAGCUGUGCCACCAGUGGCUGCAGCCAGAGACCCACACCAAGGAGCAGAUCCUGGAGCUGCUGGUGCUGGAGCAGUUCCUGACCAUCCUGCCCGGGGAGCUGCAGGCCUGGGUGCGGGGGCAGCAUCCAGAGAGCGGGGAGGAGGCGGUGGCUGUGGUGGAAGAUCUGGAGCGAGAGCUCUGUGAGCCAGAGAAUCAGGCCCCAGACCAUAAACAGAGACAUUCGGAAGUGUGCUUAGAAGAUGUGGUUCACUCGAAGGCCAAGCAGGACUCAACAGCCAUCCAGCUUCAGGCCAUGGUGACACAGCCCAAAUGUGAACCCUUUGAUCCCCACAAAUGUGGAGAACAAGAUGACAAAACUGUUUCUGAACAUCGGGAGUUGGCAUCAAAACAAGAAGUCCUAAAAGAAAUGGAAUAUUUGGGGAAUAGCAGACUCCAAAGAGAUGUCCCUUUGCAUGCUAAGUACAGAGAAUCUUGUAAACCCCAGAGCAGGGUAGAAAAGCCGAGAGGACACCGGCCUGGAGAGAGAUGCCAUAGAUGCAGUGAAUGUGGGAAAAGCUUUACUCAAAGUUCAGUUCUUGUUCAGCACCAAAGAACCCACACUGGGGAGAAGCCAUAUGAAUGUGAAGAAUGUGGGAAGACCUUCAGCCAGAGGUCAGGCCUGACUGAACAUCAGCGGAGCCACACGGGAGAGAAGCCCUAUCAAUGCAAGGAGUGUGGGAAAGCCUUCAGUGCCAGCAAUGGCCUCAUUCGACACAGAAGAAUCCACACGGGGGAAAAACCGUAUGAAUGUGAAGAGUGCGGGAAGGCUUUCCGCCUAAGCUCAUACCUCGUUCAGCAUCAGAGGAUACACACUGGCGAGAAGCGCUAUCGCUGCAAGGAGUGCGGCAAAGCCUUCAGUCAGAAUGCAGGGCUUUUCCAGCACCUCCGAAUCCACACGGGUGAGAAGCCUUACCAGUGUGGUCAGUGCAGUAAAAGCUUCAGUCGGCGAACGCUCCUCAUCAAGCAUCAGCGGAGCCACACUGGCGAGAGACCGUACGAGUGUGAUGAGUGUGGGAAAGCCUUCAGCCACCACUGCAACCUCAUCAGGCAUUUUAGAAUCCACACGGUGCCCAAAUUGGACUGAGUCCCUGGAUCCUCCAGGGCUCCACGUGGGGGCAUCUUGGAAAGUAAGAUUUUUCAAGUUGCGUAUUCUGUCCUCAUCACAUUUAUGUUGUUUUGUUCUGUGUAGAUUGUCUUCAUGUCAGGUACCGGGUUCCUGAGGUGGGUGAUGGAUGUGGGCGGGGUCAGACUGCCUCCAUCUACCCUAUCCCUGGACUGUCUUCCCUGUGGGAGCCAAGCCUUACCUGCAAGUCAGCUGGAGUGGAGGGGCUGCUCUUGAAUGAUCUCGAAUGUUGAACAAGUCUCAAAGGCUGCAGUCAAAUUCUGAAUCAGAAUUUCAGGAGACAGUGUACUUUCAGAUUGGGCAAGGGCACAGGUACUCAGAGGUGAGGUGGGGAUGUUCUUUUGCUUUUUGUUUUCUGUAAAAGUUAUAGCUGAAACAUUCUUAAGAGUUUCGGGGCGAAGAAUCACUCCCAUUCCUGCAGGUUGUCAUCCCCUUGGGUUCUCCUAGGAGCAGGAUGGGCUGAUCCCAUAGGUGCUUUCACUGGAAGGGAUGGCACACUUGCUAACCCGGCAGCGGCAGCGUCAGUGUGAAACGAGUAGACGCCAUGCUGCAGCAGUCCGUGUCCUACAGGAUGUCAAACUCCAGAUUCUAUGUGGAGGUCAUUCCCACCUUUAAGGUUUCCAGUUUGAGAUAAAUAAUGAAGAUGAUACUUUAAAACCUUCACAGUGUACCUGUUUUACUCAGAGCCUCUGCUGUCAACAUCUGCCACUGCCUUCUGGAGGUGAGCCAGCAGCUCUGAACGCCACUGCAAACAGCCUCCAUAGAGGGAUGGAACCUCUGGCCUUGAUUGUCGCUGGUGGGGGGAGACCAGCAGGUUGAGGCCGCUGGCCUAGCUCACAAGCUCCAGCACCAAACCGCCUAGCUGUUCACCAAAUCUGUGAGCUGGUGACUUUGGGUAAUUUACUGAAAUUCCCCCAUGCUAUAGUCACCCCAUCAGUAGGAGUUCCCUUCUCAUAUAGUACCUAAGAUUAAAUCAAUUCAGACUUGUGAAGCAUUGAAAGAGUAGCUCUCAGUAACUGUGCACUGCAAUUUACAGAUGACCUCAACUCUGAAGACUGUAGGUGGAACUAUGCCGCGGUGUUAACACUGAAUAGGACAUUAAAUGCCUCUGCUGAUAGUCUUAUCUCUCCAGUCAAAAGCUGAAUCAGAAUUUCCAAAGACAGGAAACAAAAGUUCAGGAAAUAAAAGUUCAGCUUAACAGUAUCCUGGUCCUUAAGAGUUUAUUUAAAAAUAAAAAUAACCUGUCCUUAAGAGUUUAUUUAAAAAUAAAGGCGCAUGACAGUGGGUGUGUAGGUACAUAGCCUUGUGUAUGUAUGUGUGCCCAUGUGUGUGUGUGUGUCUUUCCUUAUGCUUAGGAAUCAUCACCCCCAAGCCCCCUGGUUAUUUCAUGUGUGACUAGGACCACUAGGUUAUCAGAUCAUCCAGACACCUGCUGAGUUUUAGAGCAACUAUACCACACCUGGCAUCUUGUUCAGCUAGAUUCCAGUGUAAAGGGUCAGAAUGGCGCCCCACUGUCUGCUGGCUCAUGGGGUGCACCGUAAGCCUACCCUCCCUGCAGGGACCCCCCACCCCGCCUGCCUCACCUGAGUGUGAAGUGCUCCGAAGGGCAGUAGGCAGGUGGGUUUGGGAGCAGGGCAGAGUCCGCUCCUCUGACAGGCAGAUUCAGCCCCAUGGUUGCCGGGGAGUCUGAGCAGUUCUUGGCAACACUGGGGAAAAGCCACUGCACCUGUGCCUUCCUGGGCCUGCUGUGGAGAAGCCAGGUGCCCAGGGAGAGCAGGCCAGCCCCGGCCCUGGCAGUUGACAGUCCAGCAGGAGAGAACAGGCACCAUCAGUAAGUGACACAGUGUGUUGGGAGAUGACAAAAUGCUUUCCGGUCAGAGAGCGAAGGGACAAAGGGGUGGGGCUUCAUAGGAGGUCUGGGCCAGAUUCCUCCUGGAAGCAUUUGGGCAAAGAUUUGGAGGUGAAGGGGUCUACUCAGUGCUACCUGGAAGGAGGGAGUUCCAGGAGAUGGAUUUGCCCCAAGGUAUGGAGGCCUCCCCACUGGGCUCCGCUCUCAGUCACCGGAACGAGGAAGCCUGGCUAACUGCCUGUCUCGGACUCCAGCCAAAUCAGUCGCCUGAAGCGUCACUUGGGUGCCUGCCUGCGGGUGAGGCGACGGAACCCGGAUUCCAGACUGACUCCCAGCCAGUGCUCUUGCCUGCUCAGUGCCUGGAAACUGCUUCGCCACCUGGAAAUCAACACCACCUCUUUACCAAGGCCUGGCGAUGCCACCGACUGGGCAAUGCCACUGACCUAGGGCUGGGCAAUAAUUUUCAGUGAUGGGCUGUGUCCUAAAAGCCUUGGGGGAGGCGCAUGACCUGGAUUAGGGGUGGCAGAAGUGGCUGGGCUCCCUGGGGAGGGAGGAGGGCAGUGCAGGUACCUGGGAGGCAAGGGACCUGCUAGACAGAGGGGCUGGGAAAGGGGGGACGGAGAAGGGGAGACAGGACCGGCUUCCCGGCAGCACAGUGUGGCUGUUACUCUCUGGCUGUGAGACUGUAGCCCUCUCUGCUCUGGUGAAGUCCGGCUGGCCAGGGGCACGAUCUCAGGAGACAGGGCAAGCAGGGGAGCCCUUCCCUGACUCUCUUGGUGCCUCCCAGAUCACCAACAGAAAUCCAUGUGUGGUCAGCGGGGGCUGGUGUGGGGCUCGGACUCUGAGACAUGAUCCCAGGCUGCUUCUAGACAGAGUUCUACUGGUCUCUUUGUGGCAGAAGCUGCGAUGGACCCGAAGUGAGAAGCCACCAAGAUGCAAGGCCCUGGUUGCCUAGAGACGCGGCGGAAGAACCAACCAACGGCGCGGGGAGAGGGGGUGGGGGGAUGAGGACAGGUCGGGGCGGGGUGUCCCAGGUUUCCACCCGCAGUACAAGUCCGGGUGGGUGCUCUCUGUUCGCCCCGGGGGGCUGACUGGGCUUGCUGGGGGGAGCAAGUCGGCGUUUGGGGAGGGGGGGAUAACCACGACGCCUCCUACAAAUAAAG